AUGAAAUUCUCAACCGUUAUUUUCUUGAUCGUUGCACUUUUGGCUUCAAUUGCAUUCUCUGCUCCUUCCGAAUUCAAAAAGGAUGAUGACUUUAAAAAAGUUUGUAAAGACAUCGUAUUCAAAAAACCUGUCGAUGGUAUCAUUUAUAAGAUUAAUAGCACCCAAGUCGCAGAUUUUGUUCUCCCCGAAGAAUGCAUUAAAAAAUUCGGUGAUUAUUUGAGGACUACUGUCGAAAUUUUCAGUAUAGGUGCCAACGCAGUUGUAGAUACUAUCGUUGAAUUUGAAGAG